AUGUAUACAUCAAUCGUCGGUGAUAGUGGUUACGAUGAUUUUCAAGAUAUAAAUGAUGAACGUGUGCAAGAGACCGUGCCACCUGCCUUGCUGUGUCCAAUAUGUUAUAAUUUAGUAUGGAAACCUGUUGAAUGUUAUAAUUGUCGACGUAUAUUUUGUACAAAAUGCAUUGAUGAAGCAGUACGAGUUAACCCGGGUACCUGCCCAUGCUGUCGCAAUUAUAGAAAGGAGUCUUGUUCACCUAUUAUUUAUUCUGUACUAUGUGGAUUACAUAUUCAAUGUUAUUUUGCAUCUAAUGGUUGUAGUCAAAUUUUAUCGUAUGAACAAUUAGAACAACAUGAAAAAUAUGAUUGUUUAUAUCGAAAACAACAAUGUCGAGGUUGUCGGAAGCCUUUUAUGAAAAAAGAUUUGAACGAACAUGAAAAGAAUUGCGAACAUAUUGAAAUUACAUGUUCAAAAUGUCAGCUAAUAUAUAAACAAAAACAAAAACAUGAUUAUCUAGAUUGUCUGCUACACAGACAACAUAUCUUGGAACAAAAUAUGGUACAUAAUGACAAGUACAGAGAAUAUAUCAAAAUUAUCGAUGAAAAAUAUAAAUAUUAUCAAGAACAACAAGAACUAUUUCAACAAAAGUUUACGCGCACGGUAAAAAAGAAUGAAGAAAAGCAAACGAACAGAGUGCAAGUAUUAGAACAAAAACUAGAACAAUUAUUAGAAUCACAAGAUAAGUUUGAAUUUACGUUGAAUACAAUUCAAAAAGAUUUAAAAAGUAGCAAUGACAAUUACAAAAAAGAUCAUACUUUAAUUGAACAAAAAUUAAUUGAUUCACGGGAAAUCAAUCAAUCAAUGGUGAAUGAUGCACUUAAUAAAUAUUAUAGUGUAUUGGUAGAAAAGAUCGAAUUAUUGAGACAGGAUAACGAUAAUAAAAACGCUUCAUUACAACUUAAACUUGAGAAUCUUGUUUCAAAAGGAGUCAGGCAUUGUGGAUAUCCGUUUUUCGAAGGAGACGACUAA